AUGCAGAUCACCGAGAUAUUUUUCGACUGCGACAACACCCUCGUCCUGUCCGAGGAGCUGGCCUUCGAGGCCUGCGCCGACCUGGCCAACGAGAUCCUCGAAGCAAAUGGCAUUCCCGACCGCUACACCGGCGACCAGCUCAUCAAGGACUUUGUCGGCCAGAACUUCCGCGGCAUGAUGGUCUCCCUGCAGGCCAAGUAUAAAUUUGAAAUCGAGAAGGACGCCCUGGAGGCCUAUGUCAAGAAGGAAGAGGACAAGGUCAUUGCGAAGUUGGAAGCCAAGGCUAAGCCCUGUGUCGGCGCCAACGAGGUCUUGGACAAGCUCUUCGCUUCCAAGAAGUACGGUCUCGCUGUCGUUUCCUCGUCGGCGCUCCGUCGCGUGCAGGCAUCUAUCAAAAAGGUCGAUCAGGACAAGUACUUUGAUGCGGACAAGGUCUUCAGCGCCGCCACUUCGCUUCCCACGCCGACUACCAAGCCCGACCCGGCCAUCUACCUGCAUGCCCUGGAGAAGGUUGGCAAGACAGCGGCCGAGACGAUUACGGUGGAAGACAGCAAGUCCGGUGCUCUCUCUGCUAUCCGGGCUGGCAUUCCCGUCAUUGCAUAUGUUGGCAGCUAUGAUGGCGAGAUGCGGGAGGAAAUGGGUCAGCGCUUGAUGGACCUCGGCGCGAAGGUCCUCAUGCGAGACUGGUCUGAGUUCGAGAAAUGCCUUGAGUAUCUCGAGAACGCUCCCGCUGACAUCCCUCAAUCGAGCCUGUGA